CCUCGUUUCCCUUUAUUUUUAAGUAAUUUCAAUCAAAUCUAAGCUUACAUCUCAAUGUCAUCCCGGGUCUCUAUCCAUGGACUUUCUCAGUCUAGAUCUUACUAGUUCAAUUCGCUUACAUCCCUUUUCCCUUCACACGACGGCAAUCACUCAAAAAUAAUAUUUUAUAGACAUCCAGUGCCUGCGCGCCCGAGGCUCACCUUUAUAAGAGGUCCCGCGUUCAGCUCGGGUUGUAUCAAACACCCAUGUCCGUGCACAGCCUACCAGUAGAGCUCCUCGAUAGCAUUGCGCAGCAUCUUUCUUGCUCUUCUCUCGCUGCUCUUGCUCAAACAUGCUCCACUCUCUGUCCAGUCGCACAACGCGUCCUCUACUGUAGUGUAUCGGCUUCCGCCUGGUCGCAAAACUUAUGUGUCAUUGACACUCUUGCGAAGAAACCGCAUAUCGCGCGUUCCGUGCGGUCCUUUUACAUCGCUAUAGAUUCGCUUGCUCCCGUCUUCUUCGCCUAUUAUCGCCAACUUGCUAAAGCAAUUCUUAAUAUGUCAGAGUUAACCUCUCUCACUCUCCUCGUGGAUUCGAGUGUGAGCUGGGUGUUGAAGGACGCCUCUAGUCGCAUCCACUUCCCGCACUUGCUUCACUUCACCUGCUCCUUUUCUUUCGAUGAAAACGUCGCCCGGUUCCUUGAUAGGACACCGUCGCUUCUUGAGCUUGAGGUGGAUUCUAUCCCUACCGCGUUGACGCGAGAGUCCCCACCCCCUUACCUUGCUCCAACUUCUAUUCCCCAACUGGAACAGUUCAUUGGCUCAUCCCGGACAGCCGAAUUAAUUGUUCCCGGCCGUCCAGUGAAGAGCAUCCAUCUGAACGGCGGUCUUUUGGAGGAUGAUAUUCCUCUCCUUGCCCGCUCGACUGUUCCUGUAGUCAUUCUGGGAGCUGUUACAAAUUUACCUCCUGUGCCCUUCUUGGAAACACUGCACAGGCAUGUGCCUCACUUAGUCUAUUUACGAGUGAUGUCAACCAAGGGCAUCUUCAUGGUUCCCACUGCCGAAUUUUAUGAGCAGGUGGCCGGCAUUCUGACGUCCUUCACAGAGCUCAGCGCAUUCGAGCUCUCCGGGAUGCACUGGGGCUCUGAGGCAAAGCAAAAUGACGGCACAAAGAGGGUUUGGCAAUCAGCGCCCCUUCAAAUUAGGAACCAUCCAGAGGAUGACCUGCUUUUUGGUUCAGAAAUAUUCCUUGCGUAUUGAUCUACUUAGUCGUAUAGUUCUAGAGCAUAAUAUAUCGCCAGCAGACUUAUUUCCGUCACCCCA